AUGCACAGACUGGAAAGAUUGGCAAUGGAUCUUCCUUCGAAUUCCGGCCUAAUAAAAGAAAUUGAAAAGGAAGUGGAAAUUCUUGUCCAAAAUGAAAGUUGUGCACCACUUUUUGAAAUUCAGUCAUCGAAAGUCCCAUCCGUUCACAUUUUCCUGUGCAAAAUUUUAGAAAAGAGGAUUCGCAGGAAAACAGCGAAUUUAGAUUUGGACGAUGAGAUUCAGUUUUGCACACAACUGCUGCUGAAGAAGCCAUCGUAUCAGGUAUGCGAGGUGUACUGCCUACUUGGGCUAUACUGUUGGCCAGCCCUAAUGCCUAGUUUCAUAGAUACGGUGAUAUCCAUGCUCUCAACCGAAACAGGAUAUCAGAUCUUAUUAAUGUUCUUGGAAAAAGUCAAUGCCGAUACAACUAUCGAUGACAAACGUAGAACUGAGCUUAAAAAGGCCAUUUCUAUUAUUUACAGCCACCUGGAAAGCAGCUUUGAUGAAAAGUUUGCUUCCUUCAUCAUUCCAAUUUUCACCGAGCUUUUGAAGAUUCUACCAAAAAAUUUCAAUUUCUCCCUGGUUUUCAAAAAGGCUGCUGAAUGCCCGGAAGAGACGAUUUCUUUUAUUAACGAAGGCCUUCCAUUCAUAGAGCCGAAUAAAAUAACCGAAAUACUUCAGUUCCUACCUGCAGAUCAAGGCCUCAUUCAAACCUUAGGAAGCAUAAAGCUACAGAAAAUAGAAAGUCCAAAUAAGAUAUAUGAAUAUGUAUUUAGAUCAUUAGGUUCAGGCCAGGAUUGUUUUGUUUCGGCUAUUGAUUUUUGGCAAAAGGUUUUUUCGUCAAAAACCAAUGGCGCUUUGCUGGAGCCUGUUUUGACCGAGGCCCUCAAGAAUUACAUUAAUGUUGAUGAAGACUCCAAAGAAGAGGUUGAUCAGCAUAUUUUCGGGUUUUUUUCAAUUAUUUGCAAAAAUUUUCCCUUUGAAACUGUGAAUUUCUUAAAAAUUAACGGGGACCUACUGCCCACCAGAAUUUCCUCGCAUUUCAUUCAAAAACUGGCAAAAGCAGAAAAUUCCAGUGCACUGCUGCUUUCCUUAAGCUUUAAAAACCCCUAUCUAAACUGUCUUGUUAACUUUCUGAGGAACGACUCCUCCACGCCCACGUUACUCUUUGGUCUGGAUUUUACAGAUAAAGAGAAUGUAAAGCUGGGCUUGAUGAUCCUCGAAAAGUAUCCAUUUACAUCCGAACAACUCAUGUAUGUUUUAAAAAUGUGUGAAAACUCGUGUCUGAAUGCAAAUGAAAUCAAGGUUGAUUGCUAUCUAAAGCUUGGUAUUCACGAAUCUUUUGGUAGCAACUGGAGCAUGGACGAUGUGAUUAAGUAUUUUUAUUAUCUUAAAAAGAAUCCAGGAGAAUACUCUAGAUAUAAAGACUAUUUCUACUCCCUCUUUCUUAGAAAUGCCCCAUUUGACAGGUGUUUCUCAAUUAUUGAAAAGAUAGGUGACAUUCCUGGGGUUAUUCUGCAGGAUAUCUAUGAGAAAAUGGACAAGUAUCUCUACAUUGAUCUCUGCUGCCUUAAUAACGAUCUUUUAAUCUCUUUAGACAAUCCAAAGCCGUAUAUUGAAAAAGAAGUUGUAAGAUUUGUCACAGAAUGGAACUCAAUUUCGGAUCACAAAGAUUAUUACCAGGCACUCAAGUCACUUCUGACCAUAUUUUCAGCCAAGAUUGACACUGUUCCCAUCAUAGACAAUCUCCUUGACUUGCUUCAGAUUGAUUCCAGUAUCGUUCUAAACAAAGUUAUUUCUAUCUUGAGCUCAUACAAAGGCCCUUACAACGUCAAUAAAGCAGUCUAUUAUCUAAUGUGUGCAUAUAAUAACCCCAGCGUUUCUGAUUCACAUCCCUUAAUUUCAGGAUUGCUUACAGACUGUAUGCUUCGUGAGGACGGACCGGUUGCCUUCAGCAGCCUUUUAAGUGUUGAUAUUAAUAGAUGCUGCGAUAUUAGGCAACAAAUCCUGAAGGUCAAUAAGAAAACAGCCCAAAAUAUGGUCAGGGAUCUUAUUAAAGAUUUCAAGGGCAAGCCCUUCAGUAAAAUGUUUCAAGAUGGACUUAAAGUUACAAAGCAGGACUUUUUACCACCAAAAGCCAAGGAUGAGUACGACUAUGACUUAAAGAAUGCUAACUUCGUAUAG